AGAAAACAAAUAAAAAGUAGGCAAAGCCUCCAAAAAUUGAAAAAACGAAAAUUACUGAAAAGGUGAUUAAGCAGCAUCCUGCCUUCAUUUCCUUUUGGCUGGAAGUUUUGUCCUUCAGAUUUCACAGAGAGAAGAAGAAAUCAAGUUCUUGUUUCAUUUUUCUUCACUUUGUCGUAACUGAAAAAUACAGAGAAAACGAAAGCCAAAUCUUUGGAGAAACCAAUUUAGCGUCCGCCCAUUGAAUUCGAAAAGAGGCGGAGGAGAAAGAGCGAUGUGAAGGAAGAAGAAGAUGAAGCCGCAGCGCCGCUUCACCUUCUUCUCCUAUUGAUUUCCAGCCCCCUCUUCAUGGCCUCUUCUCAGCAUCGCUGCGUUUUCGUUGGGAAUAUACCAUAUGAUGCUACUGAGGAACAGCUUAUAGAAAUCUGCAGGGAGGUUGGCCCAGUUGUUUCUUUCAGAUUGGUUAUUGAUAGAGAAACUGGUAAACCAAAAGGUUAUGGGUUCUGUGAAUACAAGGAUGAGGAGACAGCUCUAAGUGCACGAAGGAAUCUUCAAGGUUAUGAGAUCAAUGGCCGGCAGUUGCGAGUUGAUUUUGCUGAAAAUGACAAAGGCUCUGAUCGAAACCGAGAACAGGGCCGUGGUGGACCUGGACUGGCAACAAACUUUGACCCUCAAAAACAACUAGGAGGCCAAGCAGUCCACGGCGAAUCUUUUCACCUGCAGCCUAUUGGUCUCCAUUCAGCUAUAACUGCUGCUGCUCUCAUGGCUGAAGCUCUUGGUGGUGUGCAGCAAAAUCAAAAUGCUUUGCUUAGUCAGCCAGUACCAACCAGUGACCCACUAACACUCCAUCUUGCCAGAAUGUCAAGGAACCAGCUGAAUGAAAUUAUGUCUGAGCUGAAGAAAAUGGCUACACAAAAUAAGGAACUAGCUCGUGAGCUAUUGCUUUCAAAACCUCAGUUGCUGAAAGCUAUUUUUCAGGCUCAAAUUAUGCUUGGAAUGGUUACCCCUCAAGUGUUGCAGAUGCCAAACAUAAGACAGCCUCUUGGUCAACCUGCACAGAUUCCAUUACAGGAUGGCCAGCAUAGUCUGCAGCCAACAGCACAAACUCUUUCUCCGAUGGUUCAGGCUGGCUUGAUUCCUAAAGUACAAAGUCAAAUAGCUUCUGUGCCUCUUAAUUCUUUAGCUCGCAACCAAGUUUCCGCUACCCUACAAUCAACUUUGCAGCCUCGGACACAGCUUCCACAACAUUCCAGCAAUUAUGUUCUACCACCAGCCGCUGCACAUUCUGGAGUUCCCAAAAUUCCUUCUUUAAACACCUCUGUUAGACCACAAAUUCAGGUAGCAAAUUCUUCAUCCUUGAACCAGCAAUUGCAGCCGUCAUUGCUGCACUCAGGACAGCUUGCAACUGCUAAUUUAAGUCACAGCAGUCGGAUGGUCUCGCCAAAUGUUGUCAUGCAAUCAGCUCCUCUGCCUCAUCCUUCCUUAUCAGAUACCAGCUUCCAGCCUGGUCCCUCAAUAACACCUGGCAUCGCGGAGAAAUCAAACAUUGUUCAAAAUCAUUCAGAAGCAAUAAGUCAGCCUCCAAAAAUGGUGAAAUUAGAUGGGGGAAAGAGCAGUUCUUCCUCAGUUGGGUUGAAUGUGACCAAUGUAAGUGGAUCUAAAACAUUGCAAACAUUUGGUGUUGAUUCAGCACCUGUUAAUCAAGUACCUAGAGCACAAGAGGUGCAAUAUGCUGAAAAGCAGAUUUCUCAGCCACAGCUCGCACCUGAUGUUGAGUCCGUCUUACUGCAGCAGGUGUUAAACCUAACACCAGAACAGCUGAGUUCAUUGCCACCUGAACAACGUCAACAGGUCAUUCAACUCCAACAGGCACUUCGGCAAGAGCAUAUGCAGCAGCCAUCAUAGCAGGUAGGCUUCCAACACCAACUAUUGUCAACAGUGUCAUCUUCCAUCAUUUUUUAAACUUUCUGGAAGAAGUGCUCUGCUGUGGGUUCAUUCAAAUUCUCGGUGCUUGUAAAAUUACCAUUUAUUCUAGAUACGUUUAGAAAAUGAGCAUGUCUCAUUGAUGUCACAUUAUGAGCUUGUUUCUUGAAUACAUGAAAGAAUCGGUGAGAGGAAAAAGGAAAAGAAAAAAAAUGGAAAUGAAAAUUUUGUCUUAUCUUCUCAUUCUAUGCCCUUGGAGUACUUGUUAGUGUUAGUGAUGUAUUAUUUGCCUUUAACUGGGCCUGUGGUUUACAUGGGGACAGGCGAUUUCUUCUCUUUUAACUUCUUUCUAUAGCCUGGAAAGAUAAACUUGGGAUUUGCUAAAAAUUUUCUGAAUUUCAUUUUCAUUGUUGGAUUA